AUGUCCGGGGACAGCUCAAUAGCACCGGCUGAUGCUGUUGCAGCCGCAAUCGACGACGGCAAGACACAUCUCCUUCUAGCCGCAAGCGGCUCCGUUGCAACCAUCAAGAUCCCUCUAAUCAUCUCCGCCCUCCAACACCACAAGAACCUCUCCAUACGCGUGGUUCUGACAAGCAGCGCAUCCCAUUUCCUCAAUGGAGAUUCUCCCGAACAACCCACUGUCGCGUCACUAGCCUCUCUACCCUUCGUCGAUGGCGUCUACCAAGACAGCGAUGAGCAAGCCGACUCCUGGACCCGAGGCGCCGGCAUUUUGCACAUUAACUUGCGCAAGUGGGCACAUAUUCUUGUUAUCGCCCCUCUAAGCGCAAACACUCUCGCCAAGAUCGUCCAUGGCAUAUCAGACAAUCUGUUGACGAAUCUGAUCCGCGCGUGGGAUACGUCCGGCCUGCUGGACGGGGCCAAGAAACGCAUUCUAGUAUUCCCGGCUAUGAACGUCGCAAUGUGGCUUCACCCUGUCACUACGAGCCAGAUCCGCGUCCUGGAAGAGGACUGGGGUGUGCCGGCUGACGGCGCGGAGACGGAGGACAAAAAUGAACUAGCAAAGCAAGGCUGGUUUGAGGUCUUCAGGCCUAUUGGGAAAACGCUUGCCUGUGGCGAUAUCGGAAUCGGGGGGAUGCGGGAGUGGACAGAGGUUGUGACCAUUAUCCAGCAAAGAUUAGGUCUCACGUAG